AUGAAUUGUCUCAAAGGGUUCAUCGUCUGGAUUCUGCUAUCCAUCAUUUUCAUCAGUUGCUAUUCGAAAUCGAUACCGAUCAAACGCCGAAUGGUCCUUCGGCUACCGUUUGUGCAAAACGGCGAAAACACAACGAACACCUACCAACAGCGCACAUUUUUGCGAAUGCUCAACGGAAACUCGAAAAUGAUGAAGAAGAACGAGCCGAGCGAUGCGCGCAACUGGCUGAGAUACGUCUACCGGAAUCGAAGAGCCUAA